AUGACGAUAUCUAAUAUUCGCAAUCAUCCUUAUGCUUUUGAACAUGCACUUCAACUCUCGCCAGACUAUACACAACCAAGUCCUGCUGCCACUAGACAGAAGCAGACAGCAUACUGUACCUGGCUGGUGUUUAUGCAUCCAAAUUGGGUCCCGUUUGACUACAACAACCACUACAAACUAGAGCAAACCCUCAGCCUCGGGGGAACCUUUGUUGACAUCCAAGAUUCACACUUUCCCUGCGUCAAGAGAGUCCGUGUGUUCCCAAAAUCAAACUACCUCAGCUAUCUCGGUGUAAAAUACCGCUUAUCUCGAGUGAUGCAACCAGACGCCUGGAUAGACCCACCAGAUCACGAAGAAUUAUUAUUAUUAUCAUCAUCCUCAUCGUCAAACAAUAACGCCAGCAGCAACAGUUCGCUUGAAGACAACGAUCUCGACGAUUAUCGCAUGCCUCCUCCUCUUCAUUUUGAAGGCCUUUCAUCAUUAGCAUCGAUUUCUUUAUAUUCCGACAAUCAAAGCACGGACGAUUCAAAUUUAUUUCGAUCAUUAUCAAUAUCCUCUAGAGUUUCUUGA